GACAGACUCAGACAAGUUGCCAGAGAAGUCCAGACAAAGUUUCCCACAGCUCAGAACACAUUAUCUUAUAACUCACUAAUAAUCAUCAGCAGAGGAGUUGUUUCCAGAAGGAAGCAGUAGUACUUCUCAUUUUGCCUGCAAGAGGCAUUUGUCUCGGGACAUUUAGCUCCACACAGAUUCUCUAAACCAAAAUCUGAAGAUAAUAACCACUUUGCACUGUUCCUGACAACUUCUGUUUUUUACCUGCACUUCUUCUAAAACCUGACUUGUGCUCUCUGCUUUCCUGUUGCCAUGGAGAAGGUCCAGCACAUAACCCGCUCUGCCAUGAGGAGAGCCUCAACUAUUGAGGUGAACCCACAAACACGCCAAAAGCUCCAGGAGCUCUUUAUAAAUUUUUGUCUUAUUUUAAUAUGCCUCUUGCUUAUCUGUAUCCUUGUGAUGCUUCUCUGAAGUUCCACAGAAUCUUUGCUUCCCAUUGCACUAUCCUAUAAGAAAGCCACACCAAAAGGGAAAAAAAGAACUAAACAAGAAACUCCCAAGGCAAGAAUACCCAUGUGAGCAGGUCGAGCAGUUGGACUAAAACAGUCUCGUCAACCACUGCACCAUUUUCGGACUAGCCAUUGUAAACACAUUAAAAAGCACUUCUGUACUGAACAGUGAUUUAAAGCCUACUGGUACAAAGCUG